AUGACGCCUCUCGAGGACUUCCAACGAGCCUCGGUAAUCGCUUCUUGUGCAGAUCCGUUGCCUAGCAAUAUUGUUAGCCAAUACGGGAAACGAAUUAUCAGAAUCUCCGAUCAUCAAGUCGUUAAAUGGGGCCCAGAUGUGACAAGGGUAGAAUUCGAAAAUCAGAGGCUAGCGUAUGAACUUGUGGAUAGCCGCAUAGUUCGUAUCCCACGCGUAUGUGAUUUCUUUUGUGAUGAGCGGGGUUGGGGGUAUAUUGUGAUGGAGUUUAUAGAUGGGAAGGUUAUAGAUCCAUUGGAGGAUGUUAGCGCCAUACAGAGAGUUGCGAGUGUGCUUAAUUAUUUCGCAACGUUGCGGUAUGACGUCCCUGGGUCACUUUAUGGAAGUGCUUGUCGUGGCCUUCUUUUCCCUGAAACUGAGGAUCUGGUUUUCGACAGCCUUGACGGGAUGGAGAAGUGGUUUAAUAGCCGACUUUUCGCACACAAUCCGAAAUUGACUUUACGGGGCUGUGAGCUCGUGCUUUGUCAUUUGGAUAUAGCACCUCGGAAUAUCCUGUGGCAAGAAGAUGGGUCUCUCUGUCUUAUUGAUUGGGCUUCUGCCGGCUUCUACCCAAGGCUAUUUGAGUUCUGCGUACAGUGGAUUAUUGAUGGAAAAGACGGCAGCUUCAACUCCCUUCUUUUGAAAUCGAUGGACCCUCUGUCGGGUCAAGAGAUGGCGCAAAAAGAGCCUAUCCUGUGUGCUUGGAGAAAUAUCCAAAAGUAUCCCUUAACAAAUCGUCAAGAUUAUGUCAAAGAUUAUCGGGACUUUCGACAGAUCUUAUUCCCGUGCCCGCUCAUCCAAUGCCGGAAUACCCACCAGAUUGGUAUGAACAAGCUCACCGUGAAUGCUCCACACCGACCAGACCCACCUUUGUUGAUCCUCCAAGCUCGGCUGUAG